GGUGAAGGCGCUCAGUCAGCUAACGACAGGCGAGCCAUGCCCUCGCGCACGCGAGUGUGAAACACAGUGUCAAACAUGGAUUUACUAUUAUUUACAAUCCUCGCGAUAUUACAAGGCUACGUGUCGGCGAGCUGCCGGUUCCCCGGCGCACCGGCUCACUCCCGCGUGUCGUUCUCCGACGAGGGCCUAUCAGAGGGCACCAUAGCGACGUACACCUGCGAGCGAGGCUUCGAGCUGCUGGGCCCGUCCAGACGACUCUGCGAGAGUAACGGCAAAUGGACGCCGGAUGGAAUACCUUUCUGUGUUCUGAACGUGGCGGCCGGCAAGGCGCCCAUGCAGAUAUCGACUGAUGAAGGAGGGGUCCCUCAGAAGGCUUUGGACGGCAGCACCUCAUCAGGGUUCAGCGCGGAGACCUGCACCCUCACCAAGCCGGAGAGGGUCCCGUGGUGGUACGUCAACCUGCUGGAACCCUACAUGGUGCAGCUCGUGCGCCUGGACUUUGGGAAACCUUGCUGCGGUGCCAACAAGCCAGCAGUCGUGGUGGUGAGAGUGGGGAAUAACCGCCCAGACCUCGGCACGAAUCCGAUCUGCAACCGCUUCACCGGAUUCAUAGAGGAGGGGCAGCCGCUCUUCCUGCCCUGCAAUCCGCCCAUGCCCGGUGCCUUCGUCAGCGUGCAUCUUGAAGCGUCCUCUUCCAGUCAGCUGUCGAUUUGCGAAGCCUUCGUGUACACGGAUCAGGCGUUACCGAUAGAAAGAUGUCCGCAGUUCCGUGAUCAGCCCCCAGGCAGUACGGCGACGUACAACGGGAAGUGCUACAUCUUCUACGACCGCCAGCCGGCCAACUUCAGGGAUUCCCUGGCGAUCUGCCGCGCGAGAGGUGGAACUUUGGUGGACGAGAGCAACCCGGCUCUGCAAGGGUUCAUCAGCUGGGAGCUAUGGAGACGACAUAGGAGUGACAGCAGUAGUCAGUACUGGAUGGGCGCGGUCCGCGACCCCCAGGACACCAACAACUGGAAGUGGGUGAACGGGAAUGACGUGACAGUGUCCUUCUGGAACGCUCCAGGUGGAACCCUCAACUGUGCCAGGUUCGAUGGCAGCAAGGGUUGGCUCUGGGCUGACACUGACUGUCAAUCCAGACUGAACUACAUUUGCCAGCACCAGCCGAAAGCGUGCGGACGGCCCGAGCAGCCGCCUAACUCGACGAUGACUACCGACUCCUUCGAGGUCGGCGCCGUGGUGGAGUACUCAUGUGACGAGGGGCAUCUGCUGGUCGGUCCCACCGUCAGGACAUGUCUCGACACUGGCUUCUACGACGAGUUCCCGCCUGUGUGCAAACGUAUCGAAUGCGGCUACCCAGCCGACAUAGCCCACGGUGGGUAUGAGCUACUCAACAGCUCGGUGUCCUACCUGUCCCACGUGCAGUACUCGUGCGAGGCCGGAUACGAGAUGGUGGGACGGUCGCGACUCGUGUGCGACAUCGACGAGCGAUGGAACGGACCGCCACCGAGGUGUGAUGUGAUACAAUGUGAGGAGCCGCCGCAGAUAUCGAACGGUCGUGUGGUGGUGGCCAACAAUGCUUCGGUCUUCGGUUCCACCGCCGAGUACACUUGCACCAAGGGAUUCAAGAUACACGGUGCCAAGAGGAUUACCUGCUUAGCCACGGGCGUAUGGGACAAGCCAACACCGCACUGUCAUCCUGAAGAACGAUCAACAACCACAACGACUACAACUACGACAACGACAACAACUCCAGCACCAACGACUAUAAGUGCUGCACCAACAACACCUCGUCUCAUACUGCCGACGAGACCGCGGACGCAGAGGCCCACGACGUUUGUCACCCCCGAAGCCACUCGAAGACCGCGACCGAAGUUCACGACCACCGAACGGGUGGUCACGAAGAAUUACGAGAAACCACCGCCAAGGAAGGUGACUGUGGCUGACUCGCAGGACUCACCCACUAGUCAUGUACCCAGUAUUAUCGUCGCCAGCCCGCCCAGGGAAAACCAGAUAUUCGGCAGCGGUAACAACAUUAGAGCGGAGCAGACUCCUCGUGUGAACGUGCCCUUACCUGUCGACGGGGACAGGCGAGAGACUAUUGGAGCCCGCCUGAACAUUGGCGCGGUUGUCGCGCUUGGUGCAUUCGGGGCCUUAGUUUUCCUCAUAGCUAUCAUCACCACCAUUGUCAUUUUAGUCAGAAGCAGGAAACACAACGACGGCAAACGGUACAGGCACCACGUGUCACCUGACUGCAACACCGUGGCCUCCCUCGACUCCUCCUCGUCGGAGUCCAGAAGCGGCCUCAACAGGUACUACCGGCAGGCCUGGGAGGACCUCCACGAGGCCGCGGGCAAACACGGCCAUAGGAGGCACGAGCGGGAGGCCCCCAAGGAUGGCUCGGAGCUCGUCGUCUCAGACGUCUACCCCGCACCCCACGCCAGGGACAAGAGACGACACCACCAUCAUCAUCAUCACCGCGAGCCCAGACAUCCCGACUGGCCGCACCGCCCCCACCACAAUCAUAAACCUAGAUACUAAUAUUUAUAUAGAUAUAAGAACGCGCGAGAGCUCCGAGGCAAUGAGGAUUUUUUUCAGAUUGCAAUAGUCUGUCUUAAGACUGUCGUUUCUUAAGUAAGACUGAAUGGGCGCAGCCCAGCCUUGGAUUUAUGAAUACCCCGUAUAUGAUGUUACAGGCGGCCUAGGGGCGGCAGCGUCCCAGGGGGUGGCAGAUUUUGUACACGGGGCGGCGGAAAUAAAUUAGCCUACACUCAUAAAAAAAUAUAUAAGUCCGGUACUGGCGCAGCCGGGGCUGUGAUUGUGUCAAUUAUGAAAAGCUACCCCCCACAAUAUUUCUUAUUAUUCGGACUCAGAAGUCGGAGCUCGCGCGCCCAUAGUUAGUUUCGAAAUUACCACUUUUAUAUAAAUCGCACUUACUCGAGCUGUUUUAUAAACUAAAAUGUUAUGUUAAGUGCAGUUUGUAUAUUUAAUCGAGAUUAGGACAAUAUUUAUAGCUUUAAAUUCGUACGCAGUAAAGUCUUUUAGGUAUUUAUAUCCACAACGACUUUCUGCUUCGUAACUAUGAUUGCCUUGAUCUUUUCUUUAUCAUUAUUGUAAUUUGUAAUACGCUGUAUAACUGUUCUUUCUACACGGUAAAGUUAGCAGGGAGUGAGGAUCAUUGAGGCUCUGUACAUAAAAUAGUUUGUAAGAUUAGAUUGAAGUUAAUCAUUGUUAGGUGAUGUAUGAAAGAAAUAUCUAUGGUAGAUUGUAAUAUAAUUUAUCUAAAUAGGUACUUAUUUGUAAAUUACGGUAAAAAUAUUUUGGUAAAAAAUACGAGAAGGACCGAAAACCAUUGCCCGGUUUCAAAGGUAUCGACUGCAAGAGUCUCGUCACUAGCGGUUUUGAUUGACUGACGUCAAAACAUUAACCAAUCAUCACGCUGUUGAAAAGAUAAACUCGUAUCAAA